GUACAUAUUUGACAGGGUACAGUCAGGCAGAGCCUGCACUCCAGCUAAGCGUUCAGUUAGGCACAGACGCCCUAGCCGCUCUCCCACUCUCUCCUUGCUUUUCUUUUGGACGUUUUGGGGCCGAACAACAAAUAAGCAGCCAUGGAUGCCAUUAAGAAGAAGAUGCAGAUGCUCAAGCUCGACAAGGAGAAUGCCUUGGACAGAGCAGAGCAGGCUGAGGGAGACAAGAAGGCAGCAGAGGACAGAAGCAAACAGUUAGAGGACGAUAUAAGAGAGUUGGAAAAGAAAUUGCGUGUUACUGAAGACGAAAGAGAUAAAGUGUUUGAAGAGUUCCAAACUGCUGAAGAAAAGCUGCUGACCGCUGAGGAGGUCGCCACCAAGCUUGAGGACGAUUUGGUAGCUCUGCAGAAGAAGCUGAAGGGAACUGAGGAUGAGCUGGACAAGUACUCUGAGGCUCUUAAAGAUGCCCAGGAGAAACUUGAGCUGGCUGAGAAGAAAGCCACCGAUGCUGAGGGAGAUGUCGCAUCCCUUAACAGACGUAUCCAGCUGGUUGAGGAGGAGUUGGAUCGUGCUCAGGAGCGUCUGGCUACUGCCCUGACCAAGCUGGAGGAAGCUGAGAAGGCUGCUGAUGAGAGCGAGAGAGGCAUGAAGGUCAUUGAGAACAGGGCCAUGAAGGACGAGGAGAAGAUGGAGCUGCAGGAGAUCCAGCUGAAAGAGGCCAAGCACAUCGCUGAGGAGGCUGACCGCAAAUAUGAGGAGGUGGCCCGUAAGCUGGUCAUCAUUGAGGGUGACCUGGAGCGUACAGAGGAGCGCGCCGAGCUGUCAGAAAGCAAAUGCUCUGAGCUUGAGGAAGAGUUGAAAACUGUGACCAACAACCUGAAGUCACUGGAGGCCCAGGCUGAGAAGUACUCACAGAAGGAGGACAAAUACGAGGAGGAGAUCAAGGUCCUCACCGACAAGCUGAAGGAGGCUGAGACUCGUGCUGAGUUCGCUGAGAGAUCAGUAGCCAAGCUUGAGAAGACCAUUGAUGACUUGGAAGAGAAACUGUCACAUGCUAAAGAAGAGAACCUCGAUAUGCACCAGAUGCUGGACCAGACUCUAAUGGAACUGAAUAAUUUGUGAAAGCACAGUCUGACCCCCACACGCACUGUGGUUUUGGCUUUUUGUACUUGCACCUUGCUUACCGUAAACCCCUCUUCUCGUACCUUGCCCAUGGUGGAGAUGAAACAGCCAGAUGCUUUUCCUAACGCACCGUCCUGCCUUCAGCGGAACUCGACCAAGGAGCAAAGCUAAGGGGAAGUAAAGCUUAACCAUUCCCUUUGAUGAAGCCUAAACUGAGAAACAAGAUUGUUUUCACAAGCCAGUUUUUAAUCUUGUAACGGUGUCUGCCUUUUGCAACCCUUGAGAUAGUUUUUUUUUUUUGUUAGUUUUUUUGACAAGUCAUCUGGUGAAAUGUCAUGUGCAAGAUUGUUUUCUACGUCUGCAUUGAAGCUGAUCUGGUACGUUCCAUUCCACCUUGAUAAUGCACAAACCAGAGGACAAAGUGGAGAAAUUUUGCACUGAGUUAAACCUCAGCAUCAUGCACAUUUUGAAUUCUGUAAGACAAACUAAAGAGAUACAUUCCCUCUGCCCAGAAACUUUCCUCACAGGUGUAAGUAUACAUUGGCAGUGAUUGUCAGCGUGUAUACUGGUGCUACUCUAUUCUUAAGCAACAACCCAAAAUGCUGAUGCAUUAUAGUAAAUUCUUAUUCUUUAAAACCAUGGUUCAAAAUUUUUUCAUCUUGUCUGCAAAGUACAGUUUCAGUCAUCUGGUUGUGCAUUGUUUUAGCAUUGUAUUAAUGUAGAUGUCUCAAGUGUUUAUCAUAUCUGAAAUGUAAAAAUUAUGAAAAUAAAUAAAAGCACGUUUUGAAAGUUUU